AUGGGCCCGCUCGUACUCCGAGUUAAGUGCAAAUCCGGACAGAAGAUCUUGGAAUCUCUGAGUCCCGACAGUACCCUCGACGAAUUGAAAGCCAAACUGUGCCAAGUGACAGGUAUCAAAACCGACGUUAUGCAAAUACUGCAAGGUUAUCCACCCAAAGCCGUGGAUACGAGAAACGACAAGAUGACACUGAAAGAGUGCAACAUCUCCUCGGGCGAGACGAUCAUCGUCGAGGAGAAACAAAACUUGAACAACGAGGGGAGCGUGCAGGAACAGCCACGUAAACACAUAACAGAGCAGGCAAACUUUGGCGACAGUCCUGGUAUACUUAUGAAGAUGGUUGUGCCAGCCGAUGACUCAUGUCUCUUUACGAGCAUUGGAUUUGUUCUGAAUGGCAAAGUAGAUACGACACUUGCAAAAGACAUGAGACAAAUCAUCGUCAAUGCUGUCAGUGCAAACCCUGAAGUAUAUAAUGAAGCUUAUUUGGGAAAAACAAACAAGGAUUACUGCGAAUGGAUUAGCAAGAGUACAUCAUGGGGUGGAGCGAUAGAACUUGCAAUUCUUUCUGAAAAGUAUGGUGUAGAAAUAGUUGUAGUUGAUAGUAGUAAUGGCAUUAUCAAUAGGUUUGGAGAAGAUUGUCACUAUGCCACAAGGGUAUUUUUAAUAUUUGACGGAAUCCACUAUGAUCCAUUGUAUAUGGAGUCAAUGAAUGGAGAUGUAAUACAAUCUGUGUUCCUCACAGAAGACGAAGCUGUUUUGGGUCAAGCUAUGAGCUUGGCUCAAGAAGCCAAGUCUAGUCACCAAUAUACAGAUGUCAAGAAAUUUACCCUUAGAUGUAUGGAAUGUGACUGUAGAUUAACUGGUUCAGAAGCUGCACAUAAACAUGCUCUUGAUACAAAGCAUCAAAGCUUUGGAGAAAUAGUUUGAGUCUAAUAAAUUAAUGGAAGAAGGCAUUAGAAUUUGAUAUACUUGAUUCAAAGUAAUUCACAUUCAAGGGACUUCAAUGAAAAAAGUUUGUCAAAAUUGAAUAGGUCCUCAUUGAAAUAUUAAAAAAAAAAUUGUACUAUAUAAAUUAUAUAUGUUAUAACAAUUUGCAUUCAUAAAGCAAGCUUUAAGACUUAUAAUAAUCCUAA